AUCGGACUAUUUGUACAUGACGCUAUUGCAAAACACAAAUAAUAUAUCAUUUUUUUAAAGUUGUUGACAAAUUAAAACGUGGAUAUUUGAAAUUAUAUUUUUUUUGUGAUCUGAAAUAGUUGUCUCGUAAAAAGCGUUUAAACAAAAAGGGAAUUAUAGAUUAAAUUUAAAGUCAUUGGACAGGGGAGGCAAUAUUGUCUGAAAUGGAGCACAGAGGGAGGAUUAUGCUUGGUAUCAUUAUGGGAGUUAUGGUGUUCCUGAUUGUUGGUUCACAUGUUCUGUUUCUACAGGAUUCAACUGUAAUUGAACCCGAUCCAGUCCAAUCUACAUCAUCACAAUAUCAGAUGCCUAGUUUUGUUGGUGUCAAAGAAGUUUUCAAAGAAGGAACACGAGAAGAAAUAAUCAAAGCAGCUAGGUUAUUACACAAUGCAAACAAACAUGUCCGAGGAUCAAAGACAUCUGAUUAUCUUAAAGACGCAUUAUAUGUGAUGAAACUGAUUCUCAAGGAUAUGGAUAUUGAAGAAAACGGUCUCUUUGAAAGGUCUAGUGUCAAAUCUAAAAGUGUUUGCCCAGAAUCUUAUAUGGGUGGUGCAUUUGGUUUUCCGUUGUAUUACAAAGGGUUUGUGGAUGACAAAUGCAAUUACAGUGUUCCGAUAUCAAGUCUCGUUACAGUGAUUAAAUAUGUAGACAUGAAACAGAAUGAUAAGAAUAAAACAUCUGAUAAUUUGGAGAAAUUUGUUGAAUCAGUAUAUAGAACUGUUCAUGAUAUAAAAACGUUGAUUGCUCUAAAUACGGAAACUACACCUGUAGAUAUAAAAGACAAAUAUCCACAUGUUAGUAUGUUACAGUCAAAGUAUAAAAACGAAGGUUUUGCUCUCAACAGUUUAGCUAAGCAAGUAAAAACACCUUAUGUUCUAAUUGCAAGGGGUGUGGAAUUCUUUACCAAUGAUUCUAGAUUAGAAAGGAUGGUCCGAGAACUAGAAAGCUUAAAUGUUGUCGCAGUAGGAGGAGCAUUCCGUUAUCCAAAUGGACACUGGCAUAAAGGCUGCUAUCAGCUGAUGUAUAGAAACUACACUUUAAAGUAUAUUUCUGGAUACGACGAAUCGUUCCACGAGUGCUUGUUCUGUGAUUAUAUACAGGGACCUUUCUUAACUUCUUCUAAAUAUAUGAAAAGUAAUGUAUUCAGUGAUUUUAAUGAGAACAAUGGGCUGUAUGAAGACUGGUUUCUUAGAAUUUUUCAAAAGAAAGAAGAAACAGUGGUAUGUCCUGAUUCAAUGUUUAAUGUAAUAAUGAAGGACGGUGUUCAGUCUGAUCACAUGAUUGGCUUUUUACAGAAGUGGGGCUUGUUUCAAAUUAUAUCACCGACAAGAAAAACAAUUACUGGUGAUUGUAAACGUCUCAAUGUUGCAGGUAGAAAGUCACUUUCAUUAUCACCAUGUGCUUUGAAAUCAAACAAUAAUGCUGUAAAAACUGUCAUGCAAAAAUGUGUGGAAGUUGGAAUAACUUGUGAACUACAAGAAGGCACUGCGUUAGGAGCGAAUAAAUUUGGAAAAUCACUGCCUUGGGAAUUAGAUUAUGAUAUAAGGUUUUCUUUUGAUAACUGUUCCAAAUGCAAACAAUUAGAGCAAGCAUUUACAAAGUCAAAAGUAAUAUUUGCAUCUUUCGCAUCAGAUUGCUGUACUCAAAAGCUUAAGUUUGGGGAAAGAACAAACUACAAAGUAACAGUAAAUGGAUACAGAGGUGAUUUCACAGGUCAUCCUGUAAUGGGAAGUGAUGAACUUGUUAAGUUAGGAAUAGAACCAACAAAGGUGUUGUAUGACGGGCAAUGGGUAAAUUUUGCCCGAAAUCCAGGACUUUAUUUGAGAAAUAGAUAUGGUACAGAAAUAUACCGCCAUGCUGAACACUGGUCUCAUUCUGCUCCGAAAACAGGACAUGGCAGGAUGGUCUACAAACCAGAGUUUCAAAGUUGCACUACACCAGGUGCUCACAAUUGCUUAGAUAGGUUCAAUACUGAUGGGAAUUUGCCAUUUAUGUAUUUACUACCAUAAGGAACUUGCAUAUUUGUAUAAAAUUUAUAUUUAUCAUGUGGCAUCUCUUGUUUUUGUCCCCGCCUUUUCGAAGAAAAAAAGGGAAAUAGAAAUAGGCUCUGUCCGUCUGUUUGUCCGUCCGUCUGUCACACGUUCGUGUCCGGAAUUUGGAAUAACUUGGCACAAAUGUUUGUUAUGAUAAGGCAACAACCAGACCCCUACCUCCAGGGUGAAGGUUGCACUUGCUCAUUCAAGGUCAACAAGGUCUAUUUGAUGGUAUAUAUCGUGUCCGGUCCAUAACUUUUUUGUCUUUGAAGGGAUUUUGUAAAUACUUGCCAUAAUUGGUCACAAUAAUGAGACAAUGUGUCUUAUACAACAACCGGUCACCUACAUCCAGAGUCAAGGUCACACUUGGAGGUCAAAGAUUAACAUAGUCUGUUAUAGGGUAUAUUUUGUGUCCGGUCCAUAACUUUUUCAUAGAUAAAGGAUUUUAAAAAAUAAUUGGCACAAAUAAUUAAUUUAAUAAGACGAUAUGUCAUGUGCAACACCUGUAUCCCUACCUCCAAGGCCAAGGUCACACUUAGAGGUAAAAAAUAAUAUAGUCUUUUAUAUGGUCUAUUUUGUCACCGAUCAAGAACGUCUUCAUAGUUCAAGGGUUUUUGAACUAACUUGGCACACAAAAUCACAAUAAUAAGACAAUAUGUCAAGUACAACACCUUCACCCCACCUCCAAGGUCAAGGUCACACUUAGAGGUCAAAGGUUAACAGAGUGUUGAAUUGUAUAUUUUGUGUCCCAUCCAUGACUUCUUCAUAGAUCAAGGGAUUUUGAAAAUACAUGGCACAAAUAGUUACAAUGAUUAGAUGAUAUGUCAUGCGUAACACCUGUGUCUCUUCCUCCAAGGUCAAUGUCACACUUAGAGAUCAAACAUUUAUAAGUCUGUUAUAAGGUAUAUUUUGUGUCCAGUCCAAAACUUUUACAUAUAUCAAAGGAUUAAAAAGGCAACUUUGCACAAAUAAUAACAAUAAUAAGAUGAUAUAUCAGGCGAAAAACAUGGGUCCCCACCUCAAAGGUCACACUUAGAGGUCAAAGAUUAACAUAGUCAGUUAUAGGAUAUAUUUUGUGUCCGAUCUAUAACUUCUUCAUAGUUCAAAAGAUUUUUAAAAUACUUGGCACAAAUAGUUACAAUAAUAAGAUGACAUCUCAUGCACAACGCUUGGACCCUGCCUCCAAGGUCAAGGUCACACUUAGAGGACAAAGCUUAACAUGUAAGACUUUUAAAUUCUGUGUUUCAUUUUAUUUCUUUAAUGAAUUUAUUGUUGCAUUUGCAGAUCUAGCAUUGAUCAUUAUUUUGGACCUUCAUACGUCAAUCUUUUGAAAUAGCACAAUUUUAUGCUUCAUAUAAAACUUCCGUGAGGCGGGGGACGUUGGUAACUCUGUUACAAAUUAUUGUUAUAUAUAGAAAAGCAAUAAACUAUCGGAUAUUAUAUUAAAGGGGCCUCCGUUGGCCGAAUGAUUAAAUCGCUUACAUUGAAUCAUGUGCCCCUCUCUGAUUUGGCUUCGAAUCCUGUCAGGUACAUAUGAGGAUACUAUCCAGUGAGCUCACGAAAGGUCGAUGGUUAGCUUCAGUUUUAUAUAAUAAACUUGCCUGAUAUCUUCUUACACUAGUUCAGCUAGUUCUUACAACUUUGUAACUCAACGUUUUAGGGAGUUUUCAUAUACAUUGUAGACAGGCAGAAUUUAAACUUAAUAAGAAUUUCCUUAAACUUGGCAUGUUGUUAGAAUAUGAUUACAGAAAUAUUUUGAGCGAAAAAUGUUGG